AAUGCAAACUCUCUUUGCUACUUUGUUAAGUUUAAAUCUUCAAUCCGAUUUCCUUUCAAAAAAACUUAUUUUCAAUCCGAAAGGAUUCGUUCUCAAGCAUUACUAACUAUAGAAUUCGAGACAAGGGAAAAUAGUGGUAAUUUUGUUAUAUUUUGGGUAUUCAAAUUAUCGUUUGCUCCUCAUUGACAUCUUCAAUUUCCUAAUAAAAGAAACCGAAAGUAGAUUUAUUUUAGAAAAGUUAUCAUUUGGCUAGCAUUUUACAUUUGUUACGUACUCAUGAAUAUUCUUGAGUAGAAGAUUAGUGCUUGUAGAAUUGAAAAAUACUAUGAAAUUGAACGCAAAGAAAGGUGGGAAAUUUGUGUGUAAUUCCGACGAGAUUGAAAGUUUAAAAUUAGAAAUCGGAUGACACAUCGCCACUAUGUCGUCCUUGGGCCUUCGGUCAGAUUUAUUGUUCAAAGCCCGUGGUCAAGAUAAAAACGUUUCUUUCAUUUUCCUAACCUCAAUUCAUUGCACUUCUACCUUCAAAUUUUUUUAUUUAUUUUGGAAGAGUUACUUUCAAUUAAAUCCCUAGAAUUCUGAUCUCAUUUGUUCUUGUCAAAGUUCGAAGAAAAUUGGUACAGAUAAUUUACAGGCAAACAAGAGAAGGGCUAAAGCAUCUCUCGGGUAGAAUCGUCUCGCGCUCAACGAUCCAACAGGCACUCCAUCCGGUAGAUGUCCCCAGCCAGCAGGCGAAUCGCCCGAUUCCGUUUCUCUACCUUUCCGUUCAAUUCUUCUUCCCAGGGCGCUUCCUUCUUCGCCGGAUUCUCAUCGUGUCCGUGAAACAGGUAAAGAAAUGACGUUGCAUUGCAUGUUCUGCACAUCCGGGGUAGGUCGUCCUUGUAUUCCAUGUCGUAAUUUCUUACUUUUGGGUCCAUUUCACUUUUGUAAUUUCGUGUGGGUUGUUGAUGAGACGGUCGAAGAGUUAAAGUUCGGAUUUUGAAUAUUGGGUAUGCUUGGUCUUUGAUUAGAAAUGAUGUUUUGCAUUCUAUCAUUGGAGAGUUUCCAUCUUUCUGUGUAAACUGAUGUUAUGAAAUCAAAUUAAGCUGGAUGUUCCUGCUGCUGCUGUUCUGGUAUCUUUUGUUAUUGAAUCGGGCAGCAAUGUUCCAAGGCUGUGUCCUCAUUGUUUCUUCCUCUUGACUCCCUUGGUUUCCUGUUCAGGUAGUGCAUCUGUAGCAUCUGCUGACCUGGCCUUUAGUCUUGACGGAAUUGGACAGAAUUCUGUCACCCCUUGGCAGGCAGAAUUGUGGGGUGUUUAUUGGUGUAUGCUAUCGACCGUGCUAGUCAACGAAAAUGAGUGUGAUUGGUUUUGAUAUUGGUAACGAGAACUGUGUUAUUGCUGUGGUAAAACAAAGGGGCAUUGACGUGUUGUUGAAUGAUGAAUCAAAUCGUGAAACACCGUCUGUGGUUUGUUUUGGGGAGAAACAGAGGUUCCUUGGAUCAGCAGGUGCCUCUUCUGCUAUGAUGAACCCAAGGUCUACUGUAACACAAGUAAAGAGAUUGAUUGGAAGGAGGUUUAAGGAUCCUGAAGUUCAAACGGACCUGAAAAUAUUCCCAUUUGACACGUCAGAAGCAAAGGAUGGUGGCAUUUUGAUUAAUUUGAAAUACUUGGGUGAAACACAUUCAUUUGCCCCUGUUCAAAUUUUGGCAAUGUUAUUUUCACAUCUGAAAGACGUGGCGGAGAAGAACUUGGAAAUGCCGGUUGUAGACUGUGUGAUAGGAAUACCAUCAUACUUCACGGAUUUGCAGAGACGGGCAUAUUUGGAUGCUGCUAAAAUUGCAGGUUUGAAGCCUUUGAGACUGAUGCAUGACUGCACUGCAACUGCACUUAGUUAUGGUAUCUAUAAAACAGAUUUUUCUAGUACGGGGCCAACUUAUGUGGCGUUUAUUGACAUUGGUCACUGUGAUACUCAGGUGUCUAUUGUAUCAUUUGAGGUUGGGCAUAUGAGAAUAGUAUCACAUGCUUUUGAAAGCAACUUGGGUGGGAGGGACUUUGAUGAGGUUUUGUUUGGUUAUUUUGUGGCUCAGUUUAAGGAGCAGUACAAGAUAGAUGUAAAUUCUAAUAUCAGGGCUUGUAUAAGGUUAAGAGCAGCAUGUGAAAAGUUGAAGAAGGUUCUAAGUGCAAACUCAGAGGCACCCUUAAACAUUGAAUGCUUGAUGGAUGAAAAGGAUGUUAAAGGUUUCAUCAAGAGGGAAGAAUUUGAGAGGCUGUCGUCAGGUUUGCUGGAUAGAGUUGGUAUUCCUUGCAAGAAAGCUUUAGCUGAUGCAACCAUCACUGUGGGAAAGAUUCACUCAGUCGAGCUUGUGGGAUCUGGAUCUAGAAUACCAGCAAUUGCUAAGCUAAUAACUUCUUUAUUUGGAAGAGAACCCAGUCGGACAUUGAAUGCAAGUGAAUGUGUGGCUCGUGGGUGUGCUCUGCAAUGUGCAAUGCUUAGUCCUGUAUUUCGUGUAAGAGAAUAUGAUGUUCAAGAUUCAAAUCCUUUCUCCAUAGGGUUCUCAUCAGACGAAGGCCCAAUUCGCACACCCUCAUCAAAUGGCAUAUUAUUUCCUAGAGGCCUAUCCAUUCCAAGUACCAAAGUCUUGACAUUUCAAAGGAGUAGUCAGUUUCACUUGGAUGCUUUCUAUGCCGAUCCGAAUGAACUUCCAGCGGGUGUCUCUUCCCGGAUAUGUACUUUUACGAUUGGUCCUUUACAAGGCUCCAAUAGUGAUAAGGCAAGGGUUAAGGUUAAAAUCCAGCUAAACCUCCAUGGUAUCAUCACUGUUGAGGCAGCUAUGGUUGUUAGUGGUGAUGGUGAUGACGUUAGUAUGCAGUCCCCAUCUUCCGAUGCUUCAGCUGAUGGUUCGAGAGAUAGAGGCAACCGUAGGAUCGAGAUACCAGUGAGUGAAACUGUGUAUGGUGGAAUGACAAUGGCUCAGCUUUCAGAAGCCCAUGAGAGGGAACUUCAACUCACCCAACAGGACAGAACUGUGGAACAAGCCAAGGAAAAGAAGAAUGCAUUGGAGUCGUAUGUCUAUGAGAUGCGUAAUAAGCUUUUUAACACAUUGCGGAGCUUUGCUAGUGAUGAGGAAAGGGAGGGAAUUUCAAGGAGCCUACAAGAGACGGAGGAAUGGCUUUAUGGAGAUGGAGAUGAUGAAACUGAGAAUGCGUACACGACAAAGAUGCAGGACUUGAAGCAGUUGGUGGAUCCAGUUGAGAACCGAUACAAAGACGAGGAAGCUAGAGCAUAUGCCACAAGAGAACUGCUCAAUUCCAUUGCAGAGUUUCGAGCUUCAUCAGAGUCUCUUCCGAAUGAGGACAGAGAACUGAUGAUGCACGAGUGCAAUAAAACAGAACAAUGGCUGAGAACAAGAACAGAGGAACAAGAAUCCAAGCCCAAAGACAUUGACCCCGUGUUAUCGUCCAGGGAUGUCAAGCACCAAGCAGAGUACCUUAACUCGACAUGGAAGCAGAUACUAAGAAAGAGGGCUUCACCAGCUAAUUCAGGAGACAGCAAGGGUUCAGAUCGGUAAAAGCAGCAAUGGUCAAAGCAAUGGAAGAUUCUGGCAGACAGCAGUUUCCCAUUAACAGGAUAAAACCAUUCCACAUUGUGAUACUGAUCCUUGAAAUUUUUGCAUAUUUUCAAAGAUAUAGAGCUUAGAGAAAGAAAAAACAAAAACAUGAAAGAAUCCAAGGAAAAUUAGCCCGUAGAAGAUGUCAUCUCUUUACCAGUUUCUGCAGCAACUCGUUACUGCAAAUCCACAGCAGAUCGUAAAAACCAAGUGUCGCCGAGUGAAGCCAUGGCAGUUAACCUGGAGUUUGCACGUUCUAUUGGUUUCAUUGUGCACAGAAUCACUAAGGAACUUGGAUU